AUGGUCGCUUCCGGUCUCCUCCUCGCCCUUGCAGGCAUGGCUGCCGCGGCGGAUCUGUCCGGCUUCAGCGUAAUGCGCAACCCCGUCGCCAACAACGGUCUUGGUGUUAACCUCGCGGUCGGUGGCGGCUGCGACAUCGGCGAGAAGUCAUGCGACACCAACUACUGCAUCCCGCUCACCGGCUCGUGCUGCGCGGUCGGCAACGGCGCCUACUGCAAGGUUGGAAAGUACUGCGUCACUGGCGGUUGCUGCCAGAUCGGCAAGGUCUGCCGCGGCGGCGGUAGCGGCUCCUGCGACACGGGCGAGAAGACGUGCGGGCAGUACUGCAUCCCCUCAAGCGCCCAGUGCUGCUCGACGUCCACCGGCCGCUGGUGCGAGUCGGGCACGACGUGCGCCGUGGGCGGCACCAAGUGUGCUGUCGGCGGCGGCGGCGGUGGCAACUCGCCUUCGUCGAGCGACUCAGUCGGCGGUGGUCGCACCACGUCGGACAGCUCGGGCAACGGUGCCACGACCAGCUACUCCCUCGGCCCGGCCACCACCUCCGACUCGGGCUCCGUCCCGACCACCGACUCCUCCAGCGGCGGAUCUGCCACCGCCGGCGGCAGCAACGACAGCAGCAGCAGCAGCAGCAGCAGCAGCACCUCUUCUUCGACGUCUUCCGCCUCUCAGACGGCCGCCACCCGUCCUCCUCCCCCUAACGCUGGCCCGACCAACGCGCCCAACCUGCUGAUCGGCCUGCUCGCCGCCGCGCCCCUCAUCCUGUGA